CUACAGCUGUCAUCCAAGCUUCCGGUUCUAAAAAGUAGAAUUUUAUUGAAGCUAUGUUGUAUUUUCUGAAUUAACACACCGCUUGGUACCGAAAAAUGGAUUGGCAAUUAACAUGUCGCGUUUGUCUGGAAACAGGGGACAUGGUUUCCCUGUUUGAUUGGGAUGAAAACAAUGAACAACUGGGCGACAAGUACACCUACUGCUGUGGAGUGGAGGUGUCCAAAAAUGAUUCGCUGCCGACGUUGAUUUGUCUUAACUGCGUGGAUCGCCUUACAUACGCCUGCCAGUUCAAGAAGCAGUGUUUAUCUUCUAACGACACCCUAAAAGAGUGUCUUGAGGAAUUCUGGAGUACCUCCCAGGCUGUUUCAGGAACCAAAACUGAAGACCCAAAUGAAACGGAAACAAUCACCAUCAAGCAGGAGAAUGGGCUUCUACUGCAAUACGAGUUACCUGUGGAGCACGAUCCGCAGGCUAAAUGGACACGGACAAUUACUAAGACACCGUCCAGUACUGUGGUCACAAAAUCUCCGGGGCAAAGGAAGAGAGGCCGACCGAGGAAGUAUCCAAAUGAACAGGGGAAAAUUGAUGUAUCGCCAUACCAACGGAAGAAGCCCAAGCAAGAAAUAAAAGAGCCUGAAGCAUUGACAACCCUUUUGGCGUCUGGAUCUUUGGAGCUGAAGCAAGAGCCAGAGGACACAGAUGAAUUAUUUGCAGACUUGGACGGUGGGGCCGCGGAUGAUCCCGACUUCACUCCUGGUAUGGAAGACCCAGAAUCUGAUGUGGAAGUGAAAAAACAGGCUCAACCUCCAAAAAAACGCGGCAGACCACGCAAAUCUGUCCAAGAGGGACUGAAGCCUAAAGAGGAGAAUGAUGGAGAAGACAUGCUCUUGAAGGAGACCAUCAUGGCCUUCUCCGAGCCCAUACCCGAUCACAUCCUCAACCCUAAGGCCAAGAAACGGAAGCCUCAGCAGAAGAAUAAGAAGAAAUAUGUUUACGAGAAGACGCACGUGUGUGAAACUUGCGGCGCGUCGUUUACUUCGAACGCGUCGCUCCAAGCACAUAUACGGAGACAUUUGGGCAUCAAGCCGUUUGUAUGCAGCGUGUGCGGUUACUCGUGCGUCAUGAAGGAGGCUCUUAAGCGUCACAUGGUGAAGCAUACAGGCGAGAAGCCGUACAAGUGUCGCAUAUGCGAGCGACGGUUCACCGACUACGGCACCAGGCAGAAACACGAGAGGUUGCACAUGGGCCUGCGGCCGUACCAGUGUGCUCUGUGCGGCAAGUCGUUCACUUACUCGUACGUGCUCGCCAACCACAUGCUCACGCACACCGGCGAGAAGAAGUACUCAUGCGCGCCGUGCAACAAGAAGUUCACGAAGGCGCACCACCUCAAGUACCACAACAAGGUGCACCACAAGGACGUGUACAUCCAGCAGCAGAUCGAGCAGGAGGCGAAGAAGAUCCGCCAGCAGCUCAACGUGUCCAGCCUGACGGGCGUCGUCACCGGCCAGAUCGUGGACGGCCAGCUGCGGCUCAUACAGGCCACUUCCGAAGACGGCGACCAAGAGGCGCAGAUGCAAGUCGUCGAAGAGUUAGAAGAGGAGGAAGAUACUGAGGAGAAAGAGACAGAUCGAGCGGUGGCCAACAUGCAAGGGGUGGUCCUAGACGAUGAUUAUUCCAUCAUGGUGGACAGCAAAUAGCGAAUUUUACAUUAAACAUAGAUAUUAGAUAUAGUUGCAAUGGAAAUAGUUGUAAAAUAACUUUACGUAAGCUGUAAACAUCGUAUUAUUUAUAUUAGGAGUGUAUAACAUAUAAAGAUUAGCUGUAUUGCUUAUUCACGAAUAUCGUUACGCUUAGCCCUACAAAGCGCAUUGGAGCGUGUUGGGUUUAAACACCAUAUCCCCUCUUCUACAAGGGGGAAGGCUUGGCCUUAUUUAAAUGGCGUCUGGACAAAGGGGCGCAGCUAUCCUUAUCAAUGGAGCCCCGGGGCUACAAGGGACUACUACUACUACUACAUGUUAAAGCAAAAAAUUGUAAAAUGUAAUCCACAAUCUCACUUAAUCUGGUGCUCCCCAAAAAAAAAACCUUAAAAAAAAGUUUAGUUUUACUUCAGAAAUGACAAAAUUUACUUUGUGUUAAAAGUUCAGAAUAAAAUAUUUAAACCGACCUGAGAUAUAAAAAAAAAUUUCCAAUGGCGUCGGAGUUGUCCCAGUCUCAUCUCAUUCGUACCAAUGCAAUGAAAGAGAUAGCGGUAUUUCUGGUUGCGCCGCCAUUGGUUAAAGUUUGUCUAUUUCUCUUCACGAUAUUAUCUCGUUGCUUGCAUGUUAGUGCCACUGGAUUAUUCAUAAAGGGCCAUCGAUCUCCUAUUAAAAAGUGGAUUGAGUGCCAAACACAACUUCUUGGCACUCAAUUCAGGUAGUCGCAUUUGCAAACUCAACCUUAAACUCAGUCCUUAAUGUUGAAUUUGCUCUAAAUUUGGGAUUUUAGGUAUAAUUUUCUUUACCAAUAAUUCUAAAACUGUCAAAGCAAAAUUUGCCAGUUUUUAAGUGAAAUUUUCUACAUGAUUGUGCAUCCUUUUAUUAUGCGAGGUCAAUGUAAAGGGCACAUUAACUCUCACUAAUAUUUAAAUUCAUGAGUAAAAAAGAGUUAUUAUUUAUUGUGCUACGUAUAUCGCGUAGAAUUUGUCUAUAUCAUUUUAUGAAAUAUCUUUUUUAUCCCUAAAUUUUAGUAUUUCCGGAUCGAUUCUAAUUUAAAAAUACAUUAACUUAGGUAUUUUUUAAAUACACGUUUAAAACUAUGCAAUCGUUUUAAUUGUUACGUCAAGCCACUGAUGACUUGUUAAAAAUCUUAAUAUGUUAAUUAUUAUUUCUACUUCACACCGAAUUGACUGAAAAUCACAUCUUGCGUAAAUUCACUAGCAAAUUGUAUGUCAGGUAAAAAUAUUAUGUUAGGGAACAUUUGGAUAAUAAUUACUGGCAUUGUUACUAGUAAGCAAAACCCGGGUUGAAUUACAGAUAUCCAGAAGUAAACAAAAUCAUUUUAAUAGGCCUACGUCAAUAGUGAUCAUCGAUAUCGUAAAAAAAUAUGGCUGUUAUCAUAUAUUCAUAUUUAUAAAAUAACUGCCUCCCUGGUCCGACUUUAGAUCAUUAAAAACAUAUCUACGUAAAUGUUAUUUCUAAAACUACGAAGGCACGCAGUGUAAAGUUGGAGCGUGUCAAAUCGGCGUUUGGCACUAUUUCGAGUUGAUCCAACCAACUUACAUGGACGGCUUGCGGUGUCUAGCUAAAUAUGAAUCCGUGAUUUUGUAGUAGCAAUAAUUUUAUAUUAAUAUUGUACAAUGUACGAUCAUAUAUUUUUUUAUUAGUUUUGUUGUAAUCGACAUUAUAAUAUUAAGUUAUUGUGUAACGUUAAGUAAGUUUGUUAUGGUGUAGAAAUAAAAGUUAUUAUGGAAUCAA